UCUCUGUGAAGAAAGCUAAGCUAAGCAUCUACCAAUACCUAUAUCAAAAACCUCCUAUCUCAAGACUUAAGUGCAGUGCGCCAUAUUAAUCAAACCACCUAGACCCAUCACAACACACACUUGCGAAAGAAACCACCGUAACGAUGCAUCUCUCCCCCUUCACCACCUACCUCAUCCUCAGCCUCCCCUCCCUCUGUCUCGGCAGCCCCUCCGCCCCUCCGCCCCUCCCCGCCAUCGCCGGGCCCUUCACCACACACCAAAUCCAGCACCCCAACGGCAGCACCGUCAGCCUACACCUCUCCAGCUCGUACCAGCACCACCCAGGCGACGGCGACGACGGCAAAGCCACCACCAACCACAGCGCCGCCCCCCGCCGCCCCCGCCGCCGCUUCCACAAGACCUACAACCACAACGCCACGCACACCGAGAUCUGCGCGGAAACCACCUUCGUCGCGACCUCGACCGCCGACUCGGCGCUGAGCAGCGACUGCUCCGCGAUCGCCGCGGGGCUGCGAGCCGAUCCGGGGUUCUUCGCGACGGGGGACUACGCCGCAGGCCAGGACUACAACUACCUGGCCGUAUGCGGGACGUGCGCGUUCGGCGUGCGCAGUCGGGGCGCCGGGGAGGUCGAUGUCGGGAGCAAGGACGUGGUGGACAACAUUGACGUUUCGGUGCUGCGGUUUGAUCGCGGCGGCCGCGUUGGCGCGACGGGGUCGUUCGCGUGUGGUGGGGUGCCGGUUGACUGGGCUGUGUUGCGCGCGGCUUGAGAACCUAUCUUGGUAGAUGCUUACCUAGUAAUAUACCUAGUAAUAUGAAAUGAAGUUCGAAAUGUAGUCUUCGAAAUUAUUAAAAGGGGGGUGGAUUGCAUCCCCGUGAACGAGAUAUAGGGGGUAAUUAUAGGAGUAAUCCGGCAUGAAACUAACUAGAUUAGGGCCACGGUGUAGCUAAGUCGCCCGAUUAGUUCUUGUGCUUGAUACUAGGCAUUUGAAUUGGAACGGGAUACGGAAUGGAUUUGA